UAAAGAUGAAAUAAAUAAGUUAAUUGUCAACAAAAAUAUUUAAAUAUAUUGAUUAAAUAUUGAAGUUGCCAGCGCUAUGAAGCGAUAUGAAGGGUUCAGUAUUUCUCCACCAGAAUAGUUAACUGUAGAAAUGAAAUGUGAAAAAUCCAAAUAAUAAAACAUAUAGGUCGGGUGCACAAGGUGCAAUUUACUUCACUUUAGUAGUAUAGAAAUGUCCCUCAUGAUUUGAUUCUAAAGUGGAGAUAAACUGCCAUUUUUUAACACAUGGAUCCACUGUAUACAUUCAUCAGACCUCCUUGUAUCACCAGAACCAGGUUCAAUGUAUUUCUCUGCUCUCUCUCUCGAGCAUAAAUAAGCUGAGUGAGGAUGAGCUUUAACAGAGGAAUGGAGGACGCUGCUCCCCUCUUUUACUCCCCCAUCCCCCUCCCCCGAUCCCCGCUACCUCCCCGCACAAAAAAAAAAAAAAUCAAGGAGAGCGCUCAUCCAAGCUGAGUGGACAGCCAGCCAGCCAAUCAGCUCCUUGCACAUUAGCUCUGUCAUCAGGCUUGGAUAUUGAGGAAGGAUCCACUGCUCUGCUGCUACCGCCGCCGCCGCUGCUGCCGCCGCCGCCGCCGCCGCCUCUGCUGCUCGUUGUGUAUAUGUAUAUGUGUGUGUCCGUGUAGGUGUGUGUGCGUGCGUGUGUGUGUGUGUGUGUGUGUGGGUGGACGCCUGAUGAAAUGAAAUGCCAGGAUUGGGCUACCUCCAGGGAGAGCCUCUCCAUCCUAUAAUGUGAGCCAGCCAGCAGCACUGUGAGAUCAGGGAGAAGCUGCAUCCAUCAAGCAACGGGCCUCCGGUGGACCAGGCGUGAUCCAACGGGAGGGGAGAUUUUUUUUAAAAUAUUUUUCUUCUCUGCUGUGGAGAGAAGGGAUUGUCGUCAUCCCCCCCAUCCAUCCUUUUUUUCUUCUUCUCUGUGGUGCCCCCUCCUUCCUCCUUCGCCUCCACUCUCAUUUUUCCCCCCUCAUUCUUCUAGAGGCGCUCGUUGGAAUAUCAAACCUCCAUGUAUGACAAUUUGUACCUGCAUGGAUUUGAAGACUCGGAGGCGGGCUCAGCGGAUUCAUAUACUAGCAGACCAUCAGACUCAGAUGUCUCUCUGGAGGAGGAGCGGGAGGUGCAGGCCCAGGUCCAGAGCCAGAGCCAGAGCCAGAGCCAGAGCCCAAGCCAGAGCCAGAGCCAAGGACCGGGACAGAGCCGCCAGGAGAGGGAGCAGCAGGCCACCACUCAACUGGAUAGAGCCAAGACUAAACCUGUGGCAUUUGCCGUGAGGACCAACGUCAGCUACUGUGGCGCUCUGGAUGAGGAUGUUCCAGUACCAGCCACGGCCAUCUCCUUUGACGCCAAGGAUUUCCUCCACAUAAAAGAGAAGUUCAACAACGACUGGUGGAUCGGCCGGUUAGUGAAAGAGGGCUGUGAGAUCGGCUUCAUCCCCAGCCCUCUGAAGCUCGAGAACAUCCGCCUCCAGCAGGAGCAAAAGAGAGGACGUGUCCAAGGUAAGUCUGGGGGGAAAUCUUCUUCCAGUGUAGAGGAUGAGGUUUCUGCCUCUAUCCGACCCCUCAUAUCCUCGGCAGGAAAGCAGAAACAGAAAGUGACGGAGCACAUCCCCCCGUACGACGUGGUUCCCUCUAUGAGGCCUGUGGUGCUGGUGGGACCCUCGCUCAAGGGUUAUGAGGUUACAGACAUGAUGCAGAAAGCUCUGUUCGACUUCCUCAAGCACAGGUUUGAUGGCAGGAUAUCUAUCACACGAGUCACGGCAGAUAUAUCAUUAGCCAAGAGGUCUGUUCUCAACAACCCCAGUAAGAGGGCCAUCAUCGAAAGAUCCAACACUCGCUCCAGCUUAGCCGAGGUGCAAAGUGAAAUCGAGAGGAUCUUUGAGUUGGCCCGCUCCCUGCAGCUGGUGGUGCUGGACGCUGACACCAUCAACCACCCAGCCCAGCUCCUCAAGACCUCCCUGGCCCCCAUAAUUGUUCACGUUAAAGUCUCCUCGCCAAAGGUCCUGCAGAGGCUAGUCAAGUCCAGAGGGAAGUCCCAGAGCAAACACCUGAAUGUCCAGCUUGUGGCAGCUGACAAAUUGGCCCAAUGUCCUCCAGAAAUGUUUGACAUCAUCCUGGACGAGAACCAGCUGGAGGACGCCUGUGAGCAUCUUGCCGAAUACCUCGAGGCCUACUGGAAGGCAACCCAUACCUCGAUGGCGACGCCCCUGAACCCCCUGCUGGGACGCAACCUGGGCCCCACCACCCUCACCCCCUACCCCACCAGCAUCACUGGACUGCAGCAGAGCCAAAGAAUACGACAGAGCAACCACACGGGAGACCACUCCACCCCGAAUGAACGGCGCAAUCUGAUGACAUCAGACGAAAACUACCACAAUGAGCGGGCGCACAAGGGACGCAACCGCAUGUCUUCUGGCUCACAGCAUAGCCGAGAGCAGCAGGACCCCUACCAGGACUACCAGGACCCCUAUCAGGAUGCAUACAAGCCACAUCGCAAUCGCAGCUCACCGGGCAGCUACAGCCAUGACUCCCGGCACCGGCUCUGAGCCCACUUCCGUCACCACCGGGGCCCAAACGGCCCAGAUUCCAAAAUAAACGCUGCAACAGAGCCAAGACGGUCCCAAAUUGUACCUUUUUGUUUCGGUUUGCGUUAAUUCGUUUUGUCUACCUGGCUAUUUUUCUCUUUAAAAGUCCAACAGAAUCACGUUCAGGUGUUUGUUUUUAAUCAAGCUGCAGGGCGACCUCCGUCCAUCAACAGCGCGAGUAGUCAAGAGGUUCAGGACGCC